UGAGUGGGAUGAAACGGUUCAGCGAGGGAUCAGAGCUACCUCUGUCCUUAACUGUGGUUGUUCGGCGACGGUGCUCAGGACCGGUUCAUUCUCAUUAUUAGACAAUACCCAGAUAUUGACAGUCGUUCAUAUGUAAGAAAACUAAUAACAUUAAUGGACUCUGAAAUACUUAAUCUCAAAAUAGUUAACUAACUAGCUACAGGAUUUCUUGAGAACGGAACGUUGUCAACAAGACGGCAACGUGCAAAAACUCAGUCUUGCUCUUCAGAGCUCAAGGAAUGGUUGGAUUAACAGGAAAGAUCCAAAACGCCAGGACUAAGACAAACAUUCCGUGGUUUAAACAUCCUCAUGAUUUCGCCAGAGAAGGGUAGCUAUGCUCCGAGUGUUUAUGGUGUAUGUAGUUAGCGAGGUAUUUGUCAAUGUUGGCUAAAUUCGAAAUCUCUAAGGGCAAAUAUCUAGCACGCUAGCGAGCUAGCACGCCAAUUUGAAAUUCGGUUACAUUUUUUAACUUGCCAAGUUGAUUGUUAAUGUGAUGAUAACUGAGAAAGUGGAGAAAGUUGUUUUUGCUAUCUACCUAGUUAGCUAUUUAAGUAUGCUCCUGAAAUAGCAUUAUUUUUUUGUAACUAAUCAUUGGGAAAUUAACAUCAUGUUGCGGAUGGAAAGGGAAGAGUGAUUUAAAGCUUUUUAACCCCUUCGAUUCUAGAUAACUGUCUGUUAGCUAUCCAAGCUUUGCUGGAUACACGGAUACUAGCUAAAGUAAAGAGAAAUCCAUUCUAUUGGUGAUGAUCGAGGAAAGGAAAACCAGAGACGGAAGAAAGAUCUCGUUAUAUUCUUGUUGUCACGGUUGCUAUCUAGAAGUGUUAUUUUUGGCUCGCAUCUUGAACGAAUAACUUGAACCGGCAACGUUAACAAACAUUACAAUCCAUUAUCAAUGUGUUGCUGUUCUACCGUUACUGCUAAGCCAGGUCUUGCGACUAGCCAGUAACGUUUACUUGCUGCACUGAAAUGGAGAAACUGGAAACAUUUUUGUAGACUGUGACUCAUCAGACCUAUCAUUGAUUUAUCAGAACAAAUUACAGAAGAGAUUCCAAGAUUCGAUGCCACACAAGAUUUUUGCGAGCUCAGUUGCAAGUGUGACCAAUCAACCUGAUACAAGAGAAGCAUUUGGACUUCGCGCAUCCUACAGCCAUUACCGAAGUUCAGUGUAAUUUUAUUUACGAGAUUUGGAAAAUCAUACGACCACAAGAUAACUAUGGCAGCGGUGGUAAAUUACUCGCCUCCUUGGUGGGUGAACCUACUGCACCGACUACCCCACUUCAAUUUACAGUUCGAACAAAUAAGCAGUGAUUUUCACCCCGAAAACUCGGAAUACCAAAAGUCCAUCCUGCUGCUGGGGGGCGUGGCCCUGGCCUGCCUGGCCCUGGACCUCCUCUUCCUGCUCUUCUACUCCUUCUGGCUGUGCUGCCGCCGCAGGAAGAACGACGACCAGCCCAACGCCGACUGCUGCUGCACGGCCUGGUGCGUCAUCGUGGCCACGCUGGUCUGCAGUGCUGGCAUUGCUGUGGGUUUCUAUGGGAACGGCGAGACGUGUGAUGGGGUCAACCGGCUCACAUACUCUCUCAGGCACGCCAACCGCACGGUGGCAGGGGUGCAGAAACUGGUGUCAGACAGCACGUCCUCUCUGAACCAGACUGUUGAGGAUGGCCUGCAGCAGCUGGAGAGCCAGUACACCGAGCACGCAGAUUACCUGUCCAUUGUACAGAAGCUGCAGGGGCAGCUGGAUGAGCUGGUUCGCCAGAUGACAGAAAUCCCCUUCUGGAGUAACAGUGACAUGUCCAUGGAAGAUCUGGCUGUGAAGGCUGAGCUCUUUGACUGGUACAGGUGGCUGGCAUAUUUGGGCCUCCUGCUGUUCGACGUCCUCAUCUGCCUGCUGGUGCUUUUUGGCCUCAUUCGCAACUCCAAGGGAACCCUCAUUGGCGUCUGUUUACUGGGCGUCUUCACGCUCAUCAUCAGCUGGGGGUCCCUGGGCCUGGAGCUGGCUGUUGCCGCGACCUCCAGUGACUUCUGCAUCACCCCUGAAGUGUACAUCGCCAAAGUGACGGAGGAGAACGGCGUGAUCGAUAAAGCUAUCCUGCAGUACUAUCUGAAGUGCGGCGUGACACAGACUAACCCAUUUCAGCAGAAGCUGUCAGGGAGUCACAAAGCGCUGGUGGAGAUGCAGGACGACGUGGCGGAGCUACUGCGCUCUGCGAUUCGGGAGUAUCCUGAGACCAAGGGGAAUCUGGAGCAGAUGCAGGGGGUGCUGAACACCACAGAGAUCGGCCUGCACCAGCUCACCGCCCUGGUGGACUGCCGCAGCCUGCACAUGGACUAUGUGCAGGCCGUGACGGGCCUGUGCUACGACGGGGUGGAAGGUCUCAUCUACCUGGUGCUCUUCUCCUUCGUCACGGCGCUCAUGUUCAGCUCCAUCGUCUGCAGCGUGCCCCACACCUGGCAGAGCAAGAGGAAUGAGGAGGAUGGAGAGGAGGAGUCCGUGGCUCACGGCAACCGGCAGACUCACGAUAACCUGUACCGCGUUCACAUGCCUAGUCUGUACAGCUGUGGAAGCAGCUAUGGUAGUGAGGCCAGCAUCCCCGCGGCUGCGCACACUGUCAGCAAUGCCCCCGUCACAGAGUACAUGAGCCAGAAUGCAAACUUUCAGAACCCCCGGUGUGAGAACACCCCUCUGAUUGGCAGGGAGUCCCCUCCGCCCUCUUACACCUCGAGCAUGAGGGCGAAAUACCUUGCCACCAACCGGCCUGAACCCAACAACUCAGAAGUACACUAAAGGCCGUUGACUUGUGCCCAUCCUCAAAGACCGGUUUGGACAUCUCCAGCUUCCUGGAUAUCCCCACCCCUACCCCUUCCCCAAUCCAUCAGUCGUAUUGUCGAAGCCCUCGUAAGGCUUCUGCCGUCCUCUGGACUGUUUUUAACUCAAACACCCAGUCUUUGAGCCAUUUCCAUCUUAUUGUGGAUGCACAAAUCACUUCAGAAAUGGAAGAGUGAAAAUGAACACGCUUAUGUACUGUAAAUAAUUCAGUGCCCUGUUCCUAAAUCCCCUCGUUACGGCAGGUCUAUAUUAAAUCAGAAAGGGAAUCUUGAAGAAGAGGAUUUGAGGCAUUGGAUGGCCAGUUCUCUCCACCAGGGGGCAACCUCAUUUUACUGUACAGUUAUCCUAAAUGUUUGUGGCUUCCUGGAUGUCUUUCUUCUUGCAUUCUGGCCCUAGAGGUUUUAUGUACUACGAAGAUGCUACUGGCCGAACAUGGAGAGGAACGGGCCAGUGACCUUUGAUGGAAUUAGAUUUUUGUAAGUUUCACGCACCUUCAUGUUUACUCGAGACAACCACUUCUUUAAAAGUGUGAAAUUGUGUAUAAGAGUGUGUUUAGUAUUUUAUUUUUAAAGAAACAGACCACUAUGUUUACUAAUGACAGAUUUUGCAGCGAUUUUCAGUUGGGUUUCAUCUGACCUAAAAAUGUAUGACUUCAGUGCAGACCGGAAAGAUCCUUGUAUUUAUCUUCUGUUCAGGGUACAGACUGCAAGAUGAAGUCUCUGCUAAAAACAAUACAUUUUCUUCUGUAAACCUUGCAUAACAAUGGUAUUAAGCCAGUUAGCAUUAAAGGUAAAAAUGACAUCUAAUUAAUUUAAUUAACUCUUCUGUGUCUAGCUUUAAAAUAAGCUGGGAUUUCAAUUUGCACUUCAUUUCCCUCCAAAACAACAGUUUACCAUGUUGUCAUUCUUGUAGAUUUUUUUUUUUUUUUUAAAUUUGUCAUCCAUUCCUUUUACAUUUCUGCAUUUGUUUUAUUCUAAAAGCAACUAUGAGGCAGACGCUGACACAAAGUGACACUUUGGUUGCAGUGGCCUGGAACCAAGAACUGCUUUGGCUGGUAAUGACAGUGCCGUUAAUACCCACUGUUGUUUUCAGAUAUGAAGUGUUCUUGUAGUUCUCUUAAAUUAUGUCCUAAUAUUCUGACACGAUGAAGGAAACCACGUCAAUUUUGAAUGAUUUUUCUUGACUGAACUCACUGGUAGAGAAUAAAUAUAUCGCACAGUUCUUUUCUGGAAGACGUCAGCGUAGAGUGCAGCAUGGAUUAACGGGUUCUGUUUAUGAUGUAGAGUAACAGACGUAAGGAAACUGGCCAGAUUGCCACUCAGGCAACAACCAAUGAACUUUUUUUUGUGUGUGUGUGUGUGUGACAUCAUGUUUUUUUGUUUGAAUUUCUGUUCCUCUUGGUCAUAUGUGUAAUAUUACACUGAUGUGAUGAUGUUCUAAUUACCAUAAUUCAAAUUUGCUACAGCAGGGUAACUCUUUAACGCCUGGGACCAGUGGUGUAUUGUGUUGGUCUUAUGCGUCUGGCUGUGUCUCUCCGUAGGGUUUUGCCAUCUGAGUGUACUGCCACUGUGCCAGAGAUAAUUUUGUGGUAAUGUGCUAUCGACUUCACUGCUAUUGAAUUGUGAGCACUUGUGUGUACGUUAAAUGUGAACUGGACACAGAAUGCUGUGAAGCCUACACCUCGGGCCAGGAUUUCGGUCACCUCAUAAUGGCGGUCCAGGACGGCACAGAUACUGGUGCCAAAUACACAAAACGGGGAAGUGUCCUCCAACUUCUCCCUCGUUUUCAACCUGAGAAAUGCAAGUGGCUCAAAUGGAAUUUAGACCAGGGGGAAAAGAUAUAUUUUAAAAUUCACAUGGAAUCAAAGUUUUGGUGCUGUUUAAUUGUGAUAAUGUGACUGGCAGAACUAACUACAGUAGCUGUUGGUUUUCUUUUGGGUUUUUGUCCUCAACAUUUUUUGAAAUGUCUUAUAAAGAACUAAGCAAGCCAGGAAGUAGUAAUACAUUGGCAUGCUGCUACUGUGACACACAGGAGUUGGGAUUUUUUUUCUCUACUGGAAAGCACAAGCAUUGGUGUUCUGACAGCCCUGGACUGGUUCUCGAUUUGGACCCUGGUCAUGGAGGCCCAACAGAAACAAGCACACCUGGAAGGACAGUUUUCUCAUGAGACUAAGAUCAAACUGUAAGAUAUUUUGCUGUGAAUUCCAAUCUGCCCGUUUUCUAGUGCUAGUGGUUGUCUUCCUGUGUGUGCAGUUGUCAGUGUGUUUACUUGCCAAUGGAAACGGGCUCAGUUUUCCGGGUUACUGCAGGCCCUCAGAGCCUCAUCCCAGCACAGCUUCUGCUGUACUAUGCUGUCCUUACACACACACACACACACACACACACACACACACGUACACCAGUACUCUCACACACACACUGCAGGCACACACACGCGCACACUCCAAUACCCCCUUGCCCUCAUGCACACGCACCCACACACACACACACAGCUCGGCUGUUCACUUCUCGCCCACAUGUCUUCUGCUCUGUAUAAUAAUGCCUUGUGCAGAGAUGCCACUGUGGGGCUUUAUCCACACAACAGUUGUACAAAGAUGUACGUCCUUCUGCAUCAAAACAUUGUCUCUCACAACACCUUUUCACGGGCAGAGAAUGGGCCUGCAUUUUGUUAGAAAAGUACAAGGAGUACUGCUGCUGUUACGUAUACAGGACAUUUAGGCAAAGGUCUCCAUGCAGGUCUCAAAUAGACAGAACUGUGGUCAUUUUACCUAAAUGCUGAGUGCACUGUGGGACCUCUUGCUUUAAUGAGAUGGUAUUUAAGAAUGAAAAGUAGAAGCCAAACAGCCUUUGAGAUACAAAAUAAAGGGAAAUUCCACCAAGGCUUUGGCUGUGGAUGUUUUUUUUUGUUUUGUGGAUUUUAAAGACUGAAACAUCUUUUGGUACCUUUAGGAAAAGUCUUUUUUCAUGGCAUGAAGGCUUUUUCAACAAACUGUGCCAAUCGCCAAAAAUAUAAGCCCUUCCUUUCCCUUGGUUUUCAGUUUGAACCUGCAAGUUAUCUUAUGUAGUUCCUUCACUUUAGCGUUUUGAAAAUGUUAAUUACUAGGAGGCUUAGACAACCAAAAGACCAAUGUGAAAACUGAGCCCAACUUUUCUCAAUAGAGAGAAACUCAUUUUUAUUUCCUGUGAGAGACCAUUUCUUGUUAUAGUGAGACAAUCUUGCUGUUUUAAGUAGUCAUUUCUUUAUUAAUCAUUGCUAGAACAGUUUAUCUACAAUGUAAUAUGUUUGCACGAAGAAAAAUCUGGUAAAAUACAAAAUGCCUUUGUAAACAUUUUUAAACUUACAUUUUCAUAUCAUACACAUUUUUUUUCCUUCUUAUUUUUCCUUCCAUAGCAUAUUUUAGGAGUAUUAACACCGCCAAUUUAUUUCUCUAUUAGUUGUGAAUAAAUACCUUUGCAUUGCUCUGUUUUGAUUUUUUAAAAAUAAAAAAAAACUUACUGUAGAUUUUGUUUUUAUUAUUUUGUGAAUACUAAGAUAUUGUAAAUGUAAAUAUGGAAUCAUUGAGCUUGAAGUCAAUGUUCUAAAAUGGAAUUAAAGUAACUUUAACAGA